GCGGGGCCAGGCGUCCGAGCCUGGUUCCCGAGGCGCGGCGGCCGCGGCUGGGGGCGGGGAGGGGGCGCAGGACCCCAGGCGGGGGUCCCGGAGCGGAGUUCCCGUCCCCAGCAGCAUGGCGUCCUUGGCCGAGCCCUCUGAGCCUGCUGCCCCUCCACCUGCUGGAGUCCCACCACUGGAGCAUUUCGAGGUGCUGGAUGGCAUUCAAGACGCAGAGGGGGAGGAGGAGGAGGAGGAAGAGGAGGAGGACUUGAGCAAGCUCCCACCAUUGGAGGACAUGGGACAGCCGUCAGUGGAGGAGGCCGAGCAGCCUGGUGCCCUGGCCCGAGAGUUCCUGGCAGCCAUGGAGCCUGAGCCCGCCCCGGCCCCGGCUCCAGAAGAGUGGCUGGACAUCCUGGGGAAUGGGUUGCUGAGGAAGAAGACGCUGGUCCCGGGUCCACCAGGCUCGGGCCGACCGGCCAAGGGCCAGGUGGUCACCGUGCGGCUGCAGAUGUCCCUGGAGAACGGCACACGUGUGCAGGAGGAGCCUGAGCUGGCCUUCACGCUGGGGGACUGCGACGUCAUCCAGGCUCUGGACCUCAGCGUCCCCCUCAUGGACGUGGGUGAGACGGCCAUGGUCACUGCUGACUCCAAGUACUGCUACGGCCCCCAGGGCAGCCGGAGCCCCUACAUCCCCCCGCACGCCGCCCUGUGCCUGGAGGUGACCCUCAAGACGGCCGUGGACGGGCCCGACCUGGAGAUGCUGACCGGCCAGGAGCGCGUGGCCCUGGCCAACCGGAAGCGCGAGUGCGGCAACGCCCACUACCAGCGGGCGGACUUCGUGCUGGCCGCCAACUCCUACGAUCUGGCCAUCAAGGCCAUCACCUCCAGCGCCAAAGUGGACGUGAGCUGCGAGGAGGAGGAGCAGCUGCUGCAGCUGAAGGUGAAGUGUCUGAACAACCGCGCCUCGCAGCUGAAGCUGGACCACUACCGCGCGGCCCUGCGCUCCUGCAGCCUGGUGCUGCAGCACCAGCCCGACAACGUCAAGGCGCUGUUCCGCAAGGGCAAGGUGCUGGCGCAGCAGGGCGAGUACAGCGAGGCCAUCCCCAUCCUGCGGGCCGCCUUGAAGCUGGAGCCUUCCAACAAGACGAUCCACGCCGAGCUGUCCAAGCUGGUGAAGAAGCACGCAGCCCAGCGCAGCACCGAGACCGCCCUGUACCGCAAGAUGCUCGGCAACCCCAGCCGGCUGCCUGCCAAGUGCCCGGGCAAGGGCGCCUGGUCUGUCCCGUGGAAGUGGCUGUUUGGGGCGACCGCCGUGGCCCUGGGGGGCGUGGCUCUCUCUGUGGUUAUCGCGGCCAGGAACUGACCGCCCCCUCGCUCACCAUGGCCCCCGCCCCGCACUCCCCGACUCCCCCAGGCCUCCUGUCCACGUCCUCCCUGGCCUCGUCCCCCCUGGGUUGGGGGCAGCGAGGAUGGACCCGAGCGGCCAGAGAGCAGGAGGGACUGAGGCCCGCAGGCGAAGGCGAGGUCGGUGGAGGGAGGGCCUCGCCCCGCAGACCCAGUGCUCCCCCCGCCCCUGCCGUCUCCAGGUCUCCAGGCCUCAGUUUCUCCUCAGCAGACUGGGGCAACCCUGCCCCGCCCACCCCCGUGUUGCUGCUGCCCUCUGUCCAGGUCCCCACGUGAAAUAAAGCCCCCACCUGCACUGGCGCCAAGCCUCCUUCC